AUGAAGGUUCCCCCUGGGCUCACAUUUUCUUCUGAUUCUUCUACUUCUGGUUUUCCUAUGGAUUUGUUGGCCGAGUUUCACUGUUCUUCUGCCUCUCCAGUUGUGGCACCUUUGGAGUUGCAUCUCAAACUCACUCCUGAUUCUGGUGAACUGUUGUCUGAUCCUACUCACUAUAGAAGAUUGAUUGGAAAACAGAAUUUCUUGCAACACACUCGACCUGAUAUAUCAUUUUUUGUACAGCAUCUCGGUCAAUUUUUAAAUGCUCAUAGAACUGGUCAUUUACAUGAUGUUUUACAUGUCUUGAGGUACUUGGUUAAGGACCCUGAUAAGGGCAUAUUGCUGAAAAAUAAUCUGGACCUUUCCUUGCUUGUUUACUCUGAUUCUGACUGGGCGGCCUACCCUUCUUCAAGGAGGUCUGUCACUGGGUUCUUCAUUACUUUGGGUGGUAGUCCUAUUUCAUGGAAGUCCAAGAAGCAACCCACUAUUUCCUUAUCUUCUGCUAAGCUUUGA